CCCGAAUGGUCACGUCCAAAGAGUACAACACCCGACCCAUCAGAAGGCCCACACACCCCGACGACGUCCCGCGAAACCGAAGAAACGACACGGCCAACGCGGCCAGCUCACCGACCACCCUCACAUCCCAACACCUCCGUCCGACCACCGGCACCAUCCAAACCGCCAGUCGAAGAGGUUGAGGAGAUCGAGAACGAGAUCAACGAAAUCAAGUGCGAUCGAGAUUUCAUACCAUCCAAGGAUUGCCGUUCGUAUUACAGAUGCGUCUACGGAAAACCACUCAAGUUCCAGUGCCAGGCAGGUCUCGUCUACAAUCCCGAAAAAAUGGUCUGCGAUUGGCCUGAAAACGUCGAAAAUCCCUUGUGCAAUAGGAUCUCAUACUCAUUAAUAUAACUAUACGAAGACUUUUUGUAUCUGUGAAACACAUUCGUUAACGUGAAAAUCGUAUAAGAAAGAAAUUGUUUCUGUUUCUCACGACUUAUUGUAAUUUUAACUGAUAAGACAGAAGAAAGACUUGCUUGAGAUAAAUGGUGUACAAUUUAUCAUUUUUUUUUUUUUUUU